AAUUGCUGUAUUUUUAUACAGUAUUUUUUGGUUUUCCUAAAUUACAAACAAAUGUAUGUAAAAUUAAAAAAAAAAAUCUGUAAUUAAUACAAUAACAAAACUGUUAGAUGAUAAAACGGUCAAAUGACUGGCAGGAACAGCUGCCAAACAAAAACCAUAUAACUAAAGUAAAAUCGGUAGCACUUUAUUUUACAGUUCUGUUUCUCGUGUACAUACUAUGUACUUAUUAUAGUAAUUACAAUACCUAGUUAAUAACUAGGUACUAACCCUGAACCUACCCCUAAACCUACCCCUACCCCAUGUAGUUACUUUAUAUUAAAAGUACUUUCUUAGGUAAGUACACUGUAGGUUCACCGUGAGUACACGGACUGUAAAAUAAAGUGCAGCCGUAAAAUCUCCUUAUUUAAAUAAGCUGACAACACUGUUAAUUUACAGGUAUUUCCUAAAUUAUUACGAUCAAACACCUUCAAUGUAAAAAAAAAAUAAUAAUAAUAAUAAUAAUAAUAAAACAUCACAUGACUGUCAGCAACAGAGCAUUAAACACUGACAGAUCUCUCUAGAUCUCAGCAUCUUCACUUAUUACAAACCAAUGGAUAGAGACUGACGGGUUCGAGUCUCAGGUCCAGCAGGAAUUGUUGGUGGGGGGAGUGAAAAACCAGCGCUCUCUCCACCUCAAUACCAUGACUGAGGUGAGUCCCUUGAGCAAGGCACCGAACCCCCAACUGCUCCCCAGGCGCCGGAGCAUUGGCUGCCUACUGCUCCGGGUGUGUGUUCACAGUGUGUGUGUGUUCACUACUAUGUGUGUGCACUUGGAUGGGUUAAAUGCAGAGCACAAAUUCUGAUUAUGGGUAACCAUACUUGGCCACACGUCACUUCACUUUCACUUAAAAACUUUCAAAAUGUCAAAGCAGGACAAGAUUUUAGUAUUCUAGGGCUACGAUAAUGUGAAAUUAAUCAAUCUAAAUAAUAUACACACACAUUAGACUCCUGAUGAGAUCAGUGAAUCAGACCACUACAUGAUGAUUGAUUUAUAUCAUAUAUUAUAUUUAUAUCAGAAAAAACAGCCUACAUCUCGCAAUGGCCCUGAAAAGAUUGUUUUGAAGCCAAUCAAUCAUUCAACAAGCCAUUCAACAAAGUCAUCACCUCCUUUGCCUAAAUUAUUGGUGAAACUACAUUACCCAGAGUCCAAAUUCAGCUUUCAAUAUUACACUUCAGCAUUCAAUAUAAAUCAAUAAUAAAUCAAGAAUCAAGCCAUGGCCCAACAGAGGAUAAGUGGUUUAGAGAAUGGAUAGAUGGAUGGAAUCCGCUAGUAUUUUCUUGCAUCCAUAGGCGGAAGAUGAACUCCAGGGAAAAAAAGGUAGCCUAAUGUUGGUGUAAUCUAACACAUAUAUCAUAAACCAGUCUUUAUGGGUAAGUACCAGAUAUAAGUGUCAUAUCAUAAAAUAUUUUUUAAUAUGGCUGAAUUUGUAUUAAACAUGAUCACUUUUACAUGAUAAUUUAAUAAAAACAUUGUAAGUUACUAAUUAUAAUGCUUUCAUUUCCAUGGUUAUUUAAAAAGCAAAUAUAAAUUAUAUACAGAAAGCGAGCAAAGGACAUUUUACAUAAUCAAAGAUUAUUAUAACUGACUUCAGUCCAGCACAAGUUUAAGCACUCUCACAAAACAAAAAACACCAGUUUUAUGUAGCAUUGCUGUCAGUGCAUCAUCACUUUGACAAUCAAAGAGCAACACUUGAUUGGUGUCCCUAGAGCAAAGCUAAAUCAAUGAUUUAAUCAUGCAGAUAAUAACCUUGAAUAUUUAGGGGGGAAAGUUUUAAACACCUUAUGGUCAGGUAAAUGACUAGAAAUUUUUAGCAUUACACCAAAAUCUAUAGUCCAUUAUGAGGUUACAUUAAUGAGUGAUUGACUUUUCUGCACUUCAUGAAGAGACAAAUGACUAAAGUAGCAGUUAAACAUGAAAUAAAGUCAGAAUUGUGAGAUAAAAAGUAACAACUACCCUUUUUAUUUUAAUUUAUUUUUUUUAAUUUGUGGCAGAAACAGGCUUCUAUAUAUUUAAUUGUAAAAAUUAAAAAUCCAAGAUCCCAACCCAAUUGAACACUAAUCACCAUAAUGGUGAAUUCAGAGAAAACAAUUAUCAUUAAAACAACAUUAAAGAGAGACAAAUGUCCAUUAACAUUUGUACAUCUGACUUCUGGCAGCAACCAAUGCAUCCAACUUAUUUGAUCAUUAUGUUCAUUGGAAACUGAGCCGAUCACCUUUGCAUUGUUAGUGCCAUGCUCUAUCAGUUGAGCUGUAAGAACAUGAGAUUUUACAUUUACAGCUUGCCUAAGCAGACCUAAUUUAGUUUUAAUCUGCAAGGGUUUAUGGGUAUUCUCCCAUUUUCGAAUGCUACAAUUCAGGGAAAUUUAUUAAUUAAUUUAUUGGGUUAUGAAAGAAAAUAACCAAAUAUGCAUUAAUUUCAUGUAAAUCUCCAGCAUCAUCUCUGAGGAAAAUCAUUGUGUUGGUCAUCCCAUCAUUGGAUGUUUUACAUGACUUUUUCUGUAAAUUCUACAAUAAACUUUUAAGAUAGUUUAUAGCAAAACACACCAACACAAUUUAUUUCGUAACAAAAUUAUUAUUUUAUUAAAAUGUGUAAUCAAAUGAAAUUAUAAUAACGUGUUAUUUGUUACAGUUUGAAUGUGAAUAUAAAAUAGUUCAACCAACAAUAACAUUAAGGUUCGUGACAAUUUGCUUCUUAAAUGAACUAAAUAAAACAAAACAUCAAGCAUGUACACAUUUAGCACAUUUUAACAGCCUGUAUAAAAUAAUGUUUUUUCUGUUUUAAUGUGACAGAGAAAAAAUAUGACCAGUUUACUUCAAAGUAAAAUGAAUGAAAUCACCAAGAAAAGCAUCUUAACUGAAGAUGGAAAUCUUGCACGAUAUCAUCUGCAAUCAAGCACGGACAAUAUGGACCAAACUAGACCAUACAGAAAAAAUACCUUUGGAGAGAGAGACAAAAACAAACCCCAUAAAAGCAUUCUGCUGGUGGGAGAAACAGGAGCAGGAAAAACAACCCUGAUCAAUGCAAUGAUCAACUACAUGUUGGGUGUUCAGAGAGAAGACAAGGUUUGGUUUGAGAUCACAGAUGAUCAGAGCGACCGAACAUCAGUUCACAGUCAGACCUCCAUCAUCACUGUUUAUGGGUUUUAUCCACAAGAGAGUCCAAUCGAUUUAACAAUCAUCGACACACCAGGAUAUGGAGACACACGUGGAAUUGAUCUUGAUAAACAGAUCGCUGAGAGUUUGCUUGCUUUAAGUAAAUCUGAAGAAGUGAUUCAUGAAAUACAUGCAGUAUGUCUGGUGAUUGUGGCACAUCAAACUCGACUCUCUGACAGACAAAUCUACAUAUUUGAUGCUGUUCAGUCUUUAUUUGGGAGAGAUAUUGCUGAAAACAUUGUCUUGCUCUUCACACACUCAGAUGGGUUGCGUCCUAAAAAUGCCCUGACGGCUGUUAAAGAGGCUAAAAUCAAGUGUGCAGUGAAUGAUCAGAAUCAGCCAGUGUUUUUCCUGUUUAACAAUCGUCAGUCAGACACUGCUGAUGAAGAAGAUGAAGAUGAUGCUGAUGCUGAAGUACAUACACAGAGGUUGGAUCAAUCAUUUAAUCUCAGUUUUAGAGGAAUGGCAGGAUUGUUCAAGUUUCUUGAGACAAUACAACCAAAAUCCCUGAAGAUGACUCGAGAUGUUUUACAACAAAGGAAGCAGCUGGAGGCGAAUGUCUCUAAUCUACAAUCACGUGUUCGAAUGAUGGAACUAAUGCAAAAUGAGCUGAAACAAACUCAAGAAGCUCUGGAGAAGAACAAGAAAGAUGUCAAAGAAAACAAGAACUUUGAGUAUGAAGUUGAAGUGCCCUACAAGGAGCUGGUUGAUAUUGAUCCUACUAAAUCCAAGAUGGCAACAUGCUGCACCGUCUGUGAGGAGAACUGUCAUUAUCCAGGAUGCUGGUGGGUCAGUAAUCUCUCAUGGUGCAGCGCGAUGAGAAAUAAUCACUGCACAGUGUGUACAAAUAAAUGCAAGUACACAGAACAUGUUAAACAUCCAAAAAUAUAUGAAAUAAAGAAAAAGAUGGAGAAGAGGACUUUUGAAGAUUUAAAGAAGAAAUAUGACAACAAAAUUGGUGAUGGUGUGCUUGUGGUCAAUAAGCUGAAAGCAGAACUGCAAGAUUUAGAGAAAGAGAAAGUAAAGCUGAUGAUGGAAGCCUUUCACUGUGUGGAAACUCUGGAGAUAAUCGCACUCAAGACUGAUUCUGCGUUCACACUUCAUCACAUUGAUUUUCUGAUUGAGAAGCUGAAGGAAAUUAAUGAAACUGAAAAGGCCAAAGCACUGGAAAACAUCAAGAUGAGAGCAGGAGAAGAAAAACAAGGAGCCAUAGAUUACAUUAGAAGAUAUAUAAAAAUUAGACUCAGAUAAUACCUCUCUGUAGGAUGCUGAAAAUAGAAUGUCAAUAAUGUGAUGUAAAGCUAUCAUAUCAGUGAUUAUAAUUGCAGCGAUUUAUGAAUCUAACAUUUUUUACCUAAUUUGUAACCUGCUUUGGAUAACAGCAUCUGCUAAAUUAACUGAUGCAAAAUACUGUAGUGAUUACUGUAAUGAAUUUCCUGGAAUGAAGCAGGAAUUGACAGCAGCAUAAUGCAAACAGCUUCUACUGUGAGAUCCUGUUUAAAAUACAGCAACAAUAUUGUGAAAGCAACUAAUAGCCAGAAUAUUAUUAUUUAUCAUAAAAUGAUGUGCAUGUAAUCAUUGUCAAUAAGAGACUGUUUUAACUGUAUAAUUAAGUGCUGCCAUCUAGAGGCCAUAUGAGAAAAUGUUGUGUAUCUGUGUUCUGUUUUCAUUCAUGAAUUUUGCAACACAAUUCUACUGUAAUCAACAUGAAUGACAGAUUUCAGUUAGUAGAAAUCUGGGUAACACUUUACAAUAACAGUACAUGAGAAUUACUUAUAACUUAACAUGAAUUCAUGAGUUGUCAAUGUAUCAUGUCAUGACUUGUCUUGGAGGGGCACAUCUUUAAAAAGUUAUCAAUUACACAUGUUUUAUACAUAUUCAGCUCAUCUAAAUCAGAUAUUUGGUGUUUUUUGGUGGUUUGUAAAAAAGUGGAAGAGCAGAGGUCACGUGGCUGUAUUUGGAUGGAGAAGGAACUGAACGGUAGGAGGAAGGUUAACAUUUUGAAGGAGCAAUAGUGGCCCAAAAGAAGAGCAAGAACACAAGACAAACGUCUGAUUUCAGUGCAUUAUUAUGAUAUAAAGACAGUAAACCAAUCCAUAACAUAACCAUCAUCUCUAUGCUAACACUGAUUUUAAUUUGGAAAAUCGCAUCUGCUUAAUCAAUACGUUAUUGUAGGAGGGCAGCAGUGGAAUCACUCAAAACAGGAUGAGAUGAAGUUGUUUUUAAUUAUGAAUGCAUCAUUGUGCGUUGGAUGAGUUAGGUUAAACGUAAAUAUUGCAAGAAAUCCACUGUCAUUCACUGAUGUUUGUGACAUAGCUGCAGGUGGAAAAUUCAUAAACAAUUUAGCAGUGUGCCAUUUUCAUGAAUCUUUCUUCUAGAGCAUGUUUGAUUUAGUUUACCCCAAAGUGUUAAUUAAUACAUUAACUAACAUGCAGGAACUAACACGUAAUUAAGGUGGUGUUAUUCAUGCGGUAAUUCAUAUGACUCAUGUCGUAGUUAAGUUAGUUCUUCAUUAGUUCUUGAUUAAUACAUGUCUUAACUCUUCAUUAGUUCAUAGCAGGGGUGUGGACUCGAGUCACAUGACUCGAGACUUGACUCGGACUCGAGUCCCAAAUUUGAUGACUUGCGACUCGACUCGACAUAAUUAAAGAAGACUUGAGACUCGACUUAGACUUUGACAGCAAUGACUCGAGACUUGACUUGGACUUGAGCCCUGUGACUCGGAAAGACUUGAUCAGAUCAGCGUCGUUAUCACUCUAGACGGGUGCAGCGUGCUUGCGCUUGACUGGCAGUAAGCCAGAGACUGCGUUCAGGGAGCGCUUUAUAUGCUAGUAUAAAUUAAUGGAAUAAUAGCAUAACUUACAACAAAAGAACCGAGAUACGAAAAAAAGUAGUUGCUAUCUCUGCUCGUGAAAAGCGCUGCCCUGCCCGUUUGAUCGCCGCCCAGCAGACACACGGAGCGGGCAGGAGAAAGGAGAUCACUGGUGCUCGCCUCAUCAUCACCGUGACCGCUGCUGUGAAAUGCUAAACAUAUUCCUCACUUCUUUUGUUUGUCCGACACCGAGGUGGACCAUGAGUGACGGAUC